UCGUUUAAAACGUGCUCCGAGAGUCCGAGUAAAUCCGAACAUCUGCAAAAUGGUCGAGUAAAAUCGGAUAUUUUGCAAUGGAGAUUUAGAUGACCCAUAAACAGCGUAACACGUGUCAUAGCAUUCGCUGCUUCUCUCUGCCUGCCUGCCACACAUAAUCUCCAUACCGGAAAAUUCUACCCACCCGUGGUACCGACCGGAUAUCUCUUUCCUCCAAGGAUACCAACACAAUGGAGUGUCAUACGAUGAGCACUUCGAUACAAGGAUUGUCAUCUUGUCAACGUGGCAACAGACACAUAUCAUGGUGUUAUCACUAUAAUUCGGCUCCUUUGUCUUUGAGGAAGAAUUUUUGGAAGUUAUCUCAUUGUAUGAAAAAUGGUAGACACUAUGCCCAUUCGAGAGUACUUUGUUUGCCCACCACUCUUGAGGAAGAAUUUUCAUCAAUGCAGUCAAAGAAUUACUCAAAGGAUGACAAAUAUGCGUCUGAUUCGUUCUCAGAAGACGUGUCUGAACAACUGGUUGACAGUGAUCAGCUAAAGUCACUCAUUGCUGAUGCUGAGAGGGCAAAACUCUUGAAGAAACUGAGUGAGGCUAAUCAGCACAAUAGGUAUCUCAAGCGUCAGUUGAUUGUCAGGGAGGAAGCUUUUGCGCAGUUUAAAAGUGAACUUGCUGUCACUGAACUUGAGAUUCAGGCAUUGUUAAGCAUGGCAAAAGAAAUUGCUAGUUAUGGCAUUCCAGCAGGUUCAAGAAAAAUAAAUGGGAAAUACAUUCAGUCUCUUCUUCUUUUACAGUUACAAGGCAUGCAAGAAAAAUUAAAGAAACAAAUUAAGGAUGUAGAACUUGCACAGUCGAAAGAGGUGACCUUAUCCUGGUCUGGCAUGGCAGAGAGUGUGCAAGUAAUGGGCUCAUUUGAUGGCUGGAGUCAUGGAGAAUAUUUAUCAGCAGAGUAUACCGGUUCUUACACUAGGUUCUCCACAUCAAUAAUGCUUAGACCCGGAAGGUACGAAAUCAAAUUCUUGGUGGAUGGAGAGUGGCUUCUGUCACCGGAAUACCCGACUGUUGGGGAGGGAUUGAUGGAGAACAACUUGUUGGUAGUCGAAUAGCACGUCAAAGCUUUCAUUGACAUUCUCUACCUAGUAACUAUAUUUACCAGCAUUGUAUAUAUAACUGAAAGUUGAACACUCUAGCAAAUAUUAUGUAUCUUGUGAUUCUAAUUAUGCAACUUUACAUGAUUUUGUGUAAA